UUCAAGUAUUGGAUCGAGUCUUGUUUUGAAUUUUCUACUCUUCACUUGAAUAACGGACUAUUGAAACGAGUAACGAAAUCAAAUUUCCUAUAAUGAACUCAUUCAUUCACCCUUGGCAGGAACGCUUGAGCUGUUUUGACUGUAACCCAUCGUCGCAGGAUACCUCAAGAUGAAAAGCAAAAGAGAGAAAGUACCCUGAGUCUUUGAAAGUUGCAACUGAUCGUAGCGAUUUAAAUGAAACUUUUACUAGAGAUAACACAUUUGAAAAAGAAUCUUUGAUCAAUUCCUCCAACUGCGUACAAUGCAAGACGCGCGACUAUGCGUGCGCCCAGCUUAGUUUCCAAGUCUCCUCGUUCGUCGCGUGACGGAUAGCGUGACGGAUAGCGUGACGGAUAGCGUGACUAAAUAUUUUUGACAGGAAAAACAUAGAGGCAUUCAGUGGUAUAAAUCCGCUUAUAAUAUCUUACCACCCCAGAGUAACCGUUUUACUAUAAGGGCGCUUAAAGAGAGCUAAGAUAGGAAAAAUAACAAGACUUUUUUUUGCCACAUUUCCGCGUGGGAGCUCUCUCUGGUUAUUCACGUACGGCCAAAAAUGCGAAGGUGAAAACGCAAAUGAUAACAUCUUAAUGACUCCUUCAAAAAAUUAACACCUUGACACAAUGGACCACAGAUAACUCAAGUUAAUUUCUACAAUAAAAACGAGAUAUAAAGACAAAUGUUAGCUUCCGCUUUGUAUUUACUGAACCAUACAGGAGCCCAUCUUGUCUAAAGACAUAAUUGCUGUACAUAUUUACAGUUAAAAGUCCAGUCUAUAAUCUCAUAAUGUGUUCCUAUAUUUUGUACAAGUAUGCAAAUCAAAGUUCAUCCCUGCUGUCACGGGGUCUUUACACUCUUUACGAAACUGAAAGGAAUUAAUACAUCGGCAAAGGUUCGGAUCCUACUUCGCUCUAGCAUCAUCAUGGCUAUUUUCUGUAUUUGUCGCUCACAGCUCCACACAUAAAAAUAAAUAAAAUAAACCCCGGGUAUAAAUUAAAGUCACGAGGACUCACUUAAGUUUCCUUACGUGAAUAAUCACAAAAUUAAAAAGCAAUCAAAUGUAUGAUAUUCACAUGUAUCCGUUGCUGCCUACAGGUUGGAUAUCUUCACCAUGGCGAGGUCACGGGUGUCCAAAUUUUGACAUCUCGGUAACCAGUGAUUUGAUAAACACCUCGAAGCCGGAAAAUUUCGCGUGAUUUCGGCACUAGUCUUGGGAUUUUGCAAGCAGCAACUAAUCCUUCGUCAAUAUGCGAAUCACUGGAGUUUCUUUGAUGGCGUUUUAUGAUCCUGUAAUUGUUCUUCGACCGGGUUCUUCCUAGUUAUUUCCUUGUCUCCCGUUUCAGUGACACCACUGCUUUUCGGUUGCCCCUCGUUCUCCUUCGGAGGCUCAUUAACUUCAACCCAUUCGUAUUUCGUUCCUUUUAACGGUUUUCCUUCCUGAAAAUCAAAGUCAUAUUUUUCGUUCAUCUCUCGAGCAUCCUUAUUUAACUCUCUCUGUAAAUCGCUCUCUAGUUGUUGAUGGUCUGGACGCCCAAAGAGACAUUUUCUAGCUUUGCUAGCUCCUGGAUUCAUCGAAAAACGUUUGAUGUGGCUUAAGGAUAUCGAACCUCCUCUGGAUCGAAACGUUUCCUCGCUAUGUCGAAUUUACCCUUGAUACGGGUUUUUAUAGACUUUAAAAUUCAUGAGUGUCUAUAACCGCGCCAAAAUGAAAGUGUACGUCACUACGUCAUCAGCCGGUAUACUGCUUAUUAUGCGUUACGCCUGGGCAAGCUUGAACGUGUUCUCGACCCUUCCUUAUAAAUGUACUUAAAAAUUUACAAUGUAAAUAAUGAAGAUGUGAACAAAUUUACGUCAUGUCUUUAAUCCGAAUAAAAAGGUGAUUUGAUUCUGUUGAAAAGUGAAACACUGUGCAUGAUUUGUUAUCUCAAUUUCAAUCGGCUCUCAAGCGUGAGAAACAUGUUGUCCCACGCUUUUGUACAGUUCACUUCACUUUCACUCUUUUGCUGUACUCAUAACGAUUAAGGUCAGCACACCAGGGAACAUACGGGGGGACAAGUCUCCGAAAUUAGUCCCUGGGACAAGUCCCACUGUGUUGACUACCCAAUCUAAUCGCAGCUGACCCAAAAUGUGGUCAGUCCCUUGCUGUAAGGGAAUUGCCGUAGGGACUAAUCCCUGGGACUUCUCCCUUCGUGUUUCAAACCAAAACUGCACUUUAAACAUGUUUGAAUGGUGUCUCCGGCGAGGAUGAGCUUCCAGCGGAAAUAAAAUUUGGCGGGAAAAUACGACAGCUGGUCUGUUUGUACUUUAGUGUCCUUGAAAAUCGAGUGAACAAUUUAAAGCAAGACCGGUCUUGCAUUUAUUUUGGCACUGUACAAGCUGCAAUGCGUCGUCAUUCAAUGAAAUGUUAAUUUAAAAUCGAUGGGCAUUUUUUUUCGCGUGGACGAUCAAAGGACAAACUAGAAAGGAGGAUUAAAACCAAAAACACUUAGGAUAUUUUGUCAAAGUACUCAAGUUCUUGAAAGCUUCGUACUUCCUAGAGAUGUUUUCUUUGGGAAGGUAAAUAAUAUUUUUGAAGUAACAGACUAUUGACAAUGUUGUUUACAUUACGUGUGGGGUGCAUGUCUGAAGCGAGUCACGGUAUGCUAUUUCAAAACAACGCUUGUCGACUUCUUCUAUCAAGAAAUAAUUAUGUUCGAUAGAAAAGAAUCCUGCAAUAUAACACAAAAAGGCUGAAAUUCAAAUCUGAGCAGUUAAAGUUCAAUUUAAAAGGAAAAUGUUUUGACAUCAUCUGUGGUAUCAUUAACAGUACAUGUGCGUGUACACGGAAAAUAUAAUUAUUUCCUCUCCGGGCAGGUUUCAACUUGUUGCAAACUUUAUAAACAAUGCAGAUACGAAAAAUACUCUACGAAGUAAUGAAAAUACCACCAGUGCAUGUGUGCGUGACAACGAGUUCAGACUUGUGUCUGCGGAGAGUUAUUUUUAGCAGUCCAACUUGCAAGUGUUUGGGCCGAAAAACUCCAUGAAAACUCUGAUCUGGAACAAAAGGGUUUUGAGUUCUAAAUUGACUUGAUCAUGUGCAGCACUUAAUUUUAACUGAAUUUCCUCUGGGAUGUCACGAAUAGUUUUUGCUGACCUUGGCAAAGUUGUCAUAACUCUAUUUAUAGACGAAAUUCUUUCACAAAUAUUUGUACAAGGGACAAACAUGUCUACACACUCAGCGAGUCUCGCUUUCAUGAAAGGGCUUAGUGAGAGACUGGAGUUGAGAAAUUCAAAACAUGGCGGCAAGUACUGCACUGGAAAACAAACUGAUUCCCUCUUACUGUCCAAUUCGGAAAUCUCACGAAAACCUUUCUAUAAACUUCGAAGUUUUGAAAUUUCUUCUCAGCACCGAUAAUCAGUAAUGGAAGUUCGGAAAUCGGGUGAUCCAUUCGAAGUUGAUCCCUUACCAAAGUCAUUUUACUAUCCAUCAAUGCAAAGAGAGUUGUCUGAAGCCGAGAGAAAGAUUUGCCUUAGUCCUGACCACAAAAAGGAAGGUCACAUGAAAAGCCCAGCUGAUGAAAAAUUCCUUCAACACACCAAUCACAUCAAGAUACAUGAAAUACCUACAAGAGAAAAUGGAACCAUAGACCCUGACCAUUCUUCCUCAUCCAAGUUUGACGAGUCCUGGCCAAGCACUGAGAGAGCAUUGGUAUCUACACCUGAAGCAGACAGUGAUGGUACAGAGAUAUCAAAGACUCCUUCUAGUGAAGGAAGAGAUUUUCCUUUACGUGCACAUCCUGACUCCACUUUAGCCAGGUACAUAGAUCGUUUCCGUAAUGCCCCACCAUCCAGUCGUCAAGAACGUGACCAUACAUAUUUUGACAGUGGUAAAGUAGGAGAAUUCUGGUGGUUAUCUCCAUCUCCUCCCAGUAGCUCAACACCUAAAGACGGAACCCCCCCUGACCAGCAGCUGCCUUCCCCACGGCCAAGUCUGUCACCAAAACUGAGGAGAAGCAUGUUCAGGAGGGGAAAGACACCGACAUCUCCAACAUCAAAAACCAAAAGCACUUCAUCUCCUUCAAUGUCCUCUUUUGAUGGUUUGGACACAAAAACUGCUGAACUACAACAAAGAGCCAAGGCACUGCUUGAAAAAAGUGAGAGCACUUUGGACACUUCGUCAAGUGAGGUCCACAGACCAGUAAGAAGAGUGAAACAGGGUCCUCUUGAACAGAGGGCUCUAAGAGAGGCAUCACCUCAGCAACCCUCAUCAAUAGCACCCAGGCAAUUUAAGGACCAUCAACGGAUGCAACGUCAACCUCGUCCUACCCCUCCCCCUGAGGAAGAUAUUUUGUAUCAGUGGAGGUUGGCAAGAAAAAUGGAAAGAGCUCAAGAACAGGUAGCAAAGUGGGGCCCAGCUAAGGGCACCCUCCCAGUAGGGUCUUCACGACCUCAAAUUGCACCCAGUGGAGCAAAAUUACACCCACACGGUUUAUCUGGUGGAGUGGGAAUUCUGCCACCCACCUCAGCCCCACUUUCCUCAUCACAGGUGGACUUUGCACAUCAGAGACCAGAAUCACAAGUAUUAGCUCCUUCAGCGAUACCUGUAGUACCAGAUGGGUCAGCUAGUUUGUCAGCAAGGACUCAAACGACCUACACCACUACUAUGGCAGUUAUGCCUGGCCUCCAGGGGACUUCCUCUCUGAUGGUUCCAUCUCAAUUAGGCAUCUCUCAACCACAAGAGCCUGCUUCUAGCAGUCCAUUUUCCCAGCUGGAUGUAGGAACAUCACCUCAAGUACUUACAACAGGCCUAGAACCAUCCCCUGCUCUCACCACAAAAGGGACAGAAAUUUCAGGGCAAAUCCGUCCACUAGUCAUAGAACAGGACCAAUUUAAAUCUGCCAAUGUACCAUCUCAUAUGCAUCUUUCAUGUGAUAUUUUACCGUGCCCUCAUCAAAGAACUCUUAUUGAAAAGGCGAGGUCUGAUCAAACAGUAGAAUUACCUCUGAGCUCUCCAGUAGUUGAAUCAAUGCUAGAGAAACUGGAUGUCACAGAGAGAGAUAUUGACAGGGUCCAGAAACCAAAAAGAAAAACAACUAGAGAAACUCCUGACAAAGCACAGUUUGAGGACCUUCCAAGGAAAAGAAAUGGAACUAAAGAAAAAGAGCACAGGAUUACUGCUGGGCCAACAGAUUCUGAAAGAGAUGAGCUAAGAAGAAAAGAAGUUUGGAAAAGAAAGCCAAAACCAAAAAGGGAAUCAAACCAGGAGCCUACAGCCAGUGAUGUGUUGGCUGGUGUUAUUGGAGAGGUUGUCUCAGAACGACUGUUCUCUACCCCUCAGUCAUCUAGCAGCAGUUUGACUGGAAGCAGUGACAGUCAAGGACCACUACAACCUCAAGAACCUCAUUACAGAGCCCAUGGUCCAGAAGAAGAUAUUACUCAAAAUGGAAGCUCAGAUGAUGAAUUCUCUGAUGAUGAAAUGUUAAAGAUGUUACGACAACAAGCAAGAACUUAUAGAGAACAACUUCAACAAAUCGACUACAUCUUGAAUCAACAAGUUGCAGGCCAGCCAAAUCCACAGAACCCAAGAACAGAUGUUACAGCUUUGAAUUAUUGAAUAGUUUUCAAAAUGAUGUAAUAAUAAGUUAUUAAUAAAUUAUUUAUUAUAAUGUACAAUAAAUAAAUUAUUUUUACAUUCUGUAAUUCAAUGAAGCCCUGUCUGUUUCUUUUGCCACAUGUAAGAUAGCUACUAUAAUUAUUAUAAUUAUAUUAUUUCCUCAUGUAAAUACUGGGAUCACCCAAUUAACACUCAACCUUGUGGACCAAUAAGCAUUUAUUGGAAUGUGGCACUCACAUUUUUUUAUAUUAGGACCCAGAAUAAGAGAGUAUGGAGUGAAGAGGACAAAAUGUUUGAGAGGAGUGAAAUUAAACUCAGUGCCAUGAUAAUUAUGUUGGCUUGUUGCAUGAAGAUUUUUCCUUCAAAGUUCAUUAAUUUUUGAGGAUUAACAUCACCAUGUUGUUGCAUUGUCUCAAUUAUCAUCACAUUUCCCUCCAACAUGAUGUUAGUUUAAAAUGUUACAUCAGUACCCAUCCCACGGAAAGUUUUUUUUUUAUUUUGAACCCUCCUAACCCCUAGAAAUUCCAGUUUAGCUUCAUACUUUUCAUUAAA